UUCCACGCCGCCAACAGCCGCGCCCGGGCGGCGGAGGCCGCGCGCAGUGACGUGCACAUGGUGGAGGUGGAUGUUCUGCUCCGAGGAGGGCACGGGGACCCCAUCCUGGCUCACCCCCCGGACACUGACAGCGACAUCACCUUGCAGGAAUGGCUGGCAUGCAUGGCCAGCACCGAUAAAGGCAUCAAGCUGGACUUCAAGAGCCUGGCUGCCGUGGGACCCUCUCUGGAGCUGCUGGGGCGGCUGGGGCAGCCCCUGGCCCGGCCCGUGUGGCUGAACGGGGACGUGCUGCCCGGGCCCCGCGGGAGCUGCGCGCCGCUGGACGCCCGCGCCUUCCUGGGCGCCGUCACCUCGGCCUGCCCCGACGCCACCCUGUCCCUGGGCUGGACCACGGCCUGCCACCCGGGGCAAGGCUACCAGUGGCCCAUGGUGCAGGAGAUGUCCCGGCUGUGCCACGCCCUGUCCCAGCCCGUGACCUUCGCCGUCAGAGCGGCGCUGCUGCCCUGCUCCAUCCCGCAGCUCCAGUGGCUGCUCCAGCAGUCACACAGAUACAGCCUCACUGUUUGGGCAGGAAAGGAGGACGUGUAUUCUGUAGAAGACUUGCUUCUCAUCCGAGAAAACUUUGAUAAAAGUAGGGUUUAUUAUGACAUUUUUGAGCCUCAAAAUUCUGAAUUCAAAAAAGCCAUUGGAAUAGAAUGCUAAAUGCAAAGCAGGCAAUGCGUGACCCUAUAAUGCUUUAUAUUGUUAACCCCUUUAAAUGUGAGGAUUUUUUUGUUCAAGGGAAUGCAUUUUCCUUGUCAGAAGGACCAUGUUGAGCAUGCCUGUGGUUAUUGGAGGAGGUUUUGUGUUUGAGGCCUCUCAAAUAGAAAUGUCAGGUAUUGGCUUCUGCCAAACACCACGGACGCUUCAGGAAAAAUCAAAGAUUUCUCCAACCAUCACAAAGGACAUUUUAGCUUCUCAAUAAAAGCUAAUGCCCUGAGAAGCACUACUUUGCCAACUUCUUGUCCUCCUUUUCCUGUUCCUCUCACAUGGCUCCUCUGGGAAUUUUGUUAACUCAGGUACUGUACACAGUAUUCAGCAGGCUGCUAGUACUAAAGUAAAUUACAGUCAUUUUUGGUUCUUACAUGGCAUUGGGACAGGUGUGAUACAAAAGUUAGUUACGUUUCUUAAUCCUAAAUCUUGCAUUAUGGUGACUUCACAUUAAAAUUCAAGACUCCCUUAUGUUACCUACAGCUCCUCUGAGAGAUUUAUCUAAUGAUUGUUUUCUGUUAUUGAGGGGUAGAACUUCUUCUUUUUGGUCAUCUGCUCAAGUGUGCUUGGCUAAAAUUAAGAAGUAUUUUUCCCCAUAAGGAAGAAAACUACCUGAUUAUACUUGGGAUAGCUGGACAGAGUACUUGAUUUAAUUUGCAGCUCCAGGAGAAGUGAGUGGCAGUAACCACCAAAGGGUCAGGCUUGCCUGUGUGAUUGCUACAGUGAGUUGGGAGAAAUGAUUCAUUUCUCAGUUGUGGUUUAUUGCAGGCAGUUGCAUUCAUUGAUUUGCAGGAUUUCAUCUCUCAGUGGUAGGCCUCUUUGGGAACCACAGGGACACAUUUUUCUGUCAUUUAGAAAUCUUCCCACUUACCAGUUCCCACUUGAAGGACUGGGAUUUGUUAAAACUCAUUAAACGAUUAGGUUAAAAAAAUCAGCAUCUGCCAGAAAUAUUUUUAAGGAAUAAGUGUGUCUGAGCAAUAUCUAUGGAUGUCAGUAAACAGGGAUAAUCAGUUAAAUUAAAAGAACACAUCAUCUGGAUUACCAGGAAACGGCUGUGUGCUGAAUUUGAUUAUUCAGUAUGGAUAAUCCUAUAUAUAUUAAUUUCUGCAUGUAAUUUUUACCUAUGGAUCUUUGCUAGUCCCCUGUGAAGUUGUUUGUGUCAGUCUAGUCUGACUUGCA